CUCUCUCUCUCUCUCUCUCUCUCUCUCUCUCUCUCUCUCUCUCUCUCUCUCUCUCAAAAUCUCCAAGAACAAAGCAAGGAAAACAUUAAGCAAACCCUUUUUUGUGUGUGUCCAUUUGGAGAAUUGAUAUUCUGGAGAUGGACAUGGCGAAAGGAACCAGAGGCUGCAACAGCCCAUCGUCACAAGUCUCGGCAGAAAUCCUCAAUGAAACUGGCUCUCAUGAUCAUGAGGAAGCUGAGGAUCAGAUGAUGGACCUGCGAAGAGGGCCUUGGACUGUUGAGGAAGACCUAGCUCUCAUGAAUUACAUUGCUAACCACGGCGAAGGCCGCUGGAACUCCCUCGCUCGCUGCGCAGGUCUGAAAAGAACUGGAAAGAGCUGCAGAUUGCGGUGGCUCAACUAUCUCCGCCCUGAUGUCCGUCGUGGUAACAUCAGUCUUGAAGAACAGCUUUUGAUUCUGGAACUUCAUUCUCGCUGGGGUAACAGAUGGUCGAAAAUUGCACAGCACUUGCCAGGAAGGACUGACAAUGAGAUAAAAAACUAUUGGAGGACCCGUGUCCAAAAACAUGCCAAGCAACUCAAAUGUGAUGUCAACAGCAAGCAGUUCAAGGACACCAUGAGAUACCUCUGGAUGCCUAGAUUGGUCGAAAGAAUCCAAGCCGCCGCGGCCACCUCCACUGCCACUAACGCCACCGCCACUAAUUCCUCUAUCGCUGCCCCAGCUACCACUCACCACUUCAACAACAACAUUAACAACAACUUCCAAUCAUCAGCACAAAUGUUAUUACAGCCAAGUCACCAUCACUUCGGGGUUUCAUCACACUCCCAACUCACACCGAGUUACAGUACCCCGGAGAAUUCUAGUACGGCGGCCUCAUCGGACUCGUUUGGGACUCAGGUAUCACCUGUUUCCGACCUCACUGAUUAUUACACCCCUACUACUGCUGCUACGGCUAUCUCGGUUAACAAUAACCCUACCCCGGAUAAUAGUUACUUCGUCCAGGCCAAUCAUCAAGUUGGUACUUACGACAACUACUCGGGGUACUUCAGUAAUCAAGGGUUCGGAUUAGAACAUUUCCAAAACAUGGACGAGCAAAACAACAAUGAUCAGUGGGGCACUGUGGACAGUGGGGACAUAUCGGACAAUUUGUGGAAUGUUGAGGACAUGUGGUUCUUACAACAGCAGCUCAGCAACAUUUGAUGAUCGAACGUGUGAAAUUACUAUAAAAGGGGGUGAAAGUUAUGCAUUCAUUGUAGCUAGAGAUAAAAACAGAACAAAAAUGUAGAAGAAAAUAUAUUUCGGGAAAUAGAAGAAAAACCCAUGAAAUAGAAUUUAUCUAAAUAUAGGAUUUGUGAAGGACAUAGAUCUAAUUGUUGAUUAAUAACCGGUUUGUAAUUUGUUCUUUUUUAUUUUUGGGUGAGGAAUCUGUAAUUUGAGAUUUUAUUUUUUAAUUUCUUCUUUCUUUGGAAUGUAUGACAUUGAAUUUAUGCAACCAGAUUUGUUAAGUUGGCACAUAA